CGGUUACUGACAACAUCAGCAAGUUGAGCUACAUGCUGUCUGAACAAGCACAACACUGCGGAAAUAAUGGAGGCUGAAUUUGCAGGUGCCCAAAGUCAAGGCUGGCAUAUGGACGGUGAUGGUGAUGUCACUACUCUGCCCAGUGAGGGAGAGGAGCAAGUGCGAGACACAGAGACAGAUGAUGAGUCUUCUAGGUUAGAGCAGGAACCCAAUGAAGUUGUUUUGCUCAUGGAUGACCAUGGGCUGCAAGAUGAAUAUGUACAAUCUUUAGAUUGUCCACCAACUCCCACUUCUGGUUUUCUGGGAGUUCUGAGAUAUAAGAGGGAGUCCCAGGACCAAGCACCAAACCCAAGGAACAUCCUCCCAGAGCCUCUCAGGGACUCUCCAGUGAUGUGUGAGUACUGUGGAGAGAAAGCAAGGCCUCCACUUGGACCAACAUUUGCAGAGGACCCUGAGAUCUUCUGCUGUGCCCAGUACCAGCAGCUGUGUGACAUGCUGGCCCAUGAAAGGUGGCUUGCCCUGCAGAGACCUGAUCAGGAGGAUGACGCAACACUCCCACCUAACAAUCAACCAACCAGAGAGGAGGAGGAGCUGCAGGCCCAGGCCCAGGACAGAGAGGAGCACAGAAAGCAGGAGCGAGAGCGAGAGCGACUCUACCAGGACACACAGUCAACCCUCCGAUCUGCAGAUGCCUACACACCCUUCUCUAGGACCAUCAGCUACCAGCUGUCCACCUGUAUAGCCAAAGAGGGACAGUGGACUGUUACACAACAUCCUGGGAUUGAGGAGGACCUGGAAAAAGAAAAUAGAGACCCCCUUUAUGACCAUGAGUCAUUUGAGUUUGGCAUUUCUCCGCAUCAGGAUGGGGCACAAUUUCUGGAGAAGUAUUAUGCCUGUGGGAGCAAGUUUCUCACAGUCUUCCCAGAUGGUUCUGCCCAGGUUUUCUAUCCCUCUGGCUUCUUGGCCCUGGUCAUAAUCUCUGAUGGAAGAGAAAGGGUAUGCAUUGUACACGAUGACCACUCCCUUGGGCAGCCAAUCAGGGCCCUGUUCCAAUCUGAUGGCAGGGCCACAUGUUACCAUGGCAACGGUAAUGUCUGGCUGAGCUUGGACGCGUCAGGAGGUCAGUGUCUGAAUGAUGCGGGGGCCAGGAUCAGAAGGUGGAGUUGGAGAGGCCACAGCCAGACGCCCACCCCCCUGCGGCCGGUCUUCCUGUCUUUAAACCGCAGCCUGGGGGUGAGGGUCCUGGGACAGGAAAACAUGUUUGUGUCCUUCCUUUCUGCUGGCCAACAGGCCAAGUUCAGUGUGGGGGCCUGUUUGCAGCCAGUGGCUCGGGGGAUGAUUCGGGCUCCAGGUCCAUCCAUAUCCAAGGAGGAGUUUAUUCUGUUGGCUGGACGGAUAAGGGUCCAUCAGGUCAUUAGGCAUCUCCACCACUGCCUGCGCUGCCCCUCCAACCCAAGGCCUCUGAGGGCUGGACUAGCCCCCUGCCUCCUCUCUUUGGCCAAAAGGUUACUGGACUUGAGUUGCUCUCUUCAGCUUGAGGAGAGUGAGAGGGCCUUUGUCCACAGGUGUCUCCAGGAUUGCCUGUGAUCUCUAUACCAAAGCAUCAUUAUGUGGAAACAUUGAAGAUUUCAGCUCAUUAUGACACCACACAGAUUUGACCAUAGAGAUCCUAUUAAAUGAAUUCCUAAUUAUAUGGAUUUGACUUACAUCACAGCCUACAGUGCCUUCAGAAAGUUUUCACACCUCUUGACUUUUUCCACAUUUUGUUGUGUUACACGGUGGGGUUAAAAAAAAAAAUUGUCAACUAUUUCACAAAAUACUCUUUCAAAGUGGAAGAAAAAAUCUAACAUUUGUAUAAAAA